GGGUAGACGACGAAGUUCACGGGAAGAGGCAGGCACAAAUUUUAAUGAAAAUUGUUGCUCAAAAACUUGAUAAAUUCGUGUGAGCAUGGCUGAUGCUGGUAAAAAGCUUGUUCGUAGUAAGAGUGGGCUGCGUAUGGUGAGUGUGGAGGAUAAGGAUACGAGUCCAUUUCAGCUUGAUGAACCGCCGUGGAUUCCAGACAAUCAGUGUCUGACGUGUGCAAAAUGUAGCAGCAAGUACGACAUAGUCAAGAGAAGGCAUCACUGUAGACGAUGUGGAAAGUGUUUCUGCGGCCAGUGCUGCUCCUCCAAGGUGCCUCUGCCCCGUAUGAACUUCGUGGAUCCAGUCAGAUUGUGUGAAGAGUGUGCCAUCGUCACCAAGAAAGAGAAUGAAUUCUACGAUAAACAACUCAAGCUUCUUGGAAAUGGGAGCACUUUCAUGAUGAAAAGCAAUGAGCUUGAAAAUGAAAAAACAGAAGUAUUCUGUCAUCUCACAGGUAAUCACAGGAGCUUGUUAUUCAUUGAAGAGAAACCCGACAAGGAGAAUAACAAGCCAUCUAAAUGGAUCCACGACCCUGUCAAUCUAACUAGCAUUGAAGAUGUCAAACUACAGAUGGCCGGCAAUGAUCCAGCACAGAGAACUAUUGUUACAUCCAUGACCAUUAAGUACAAAUACAUAGAUGAGAUGAGGGAAUUGGUUCUAUUGGUUCCAGAUGACUCUCACAGGAGACCUUCAACAGCUUGGAUUGCUGCUAUGCAAAAGGCUGUGAAGAUGCUGCAGUCAACAAGAGAUUCACCGGUAUCUUGAUCCUCUAGACCCUGGUACACAGCUACGUUGUCAUCCUGCCAGUUUCAGACUCUUCUAAACAAGAAAACAAAGUUACAAAAAGAAGCCAACUUGUGUUAAGGCACUGGACACUAUUGGUAAUACUCGAAACAAUUGUUAGCAUAAAAACUUACUUGGUAACGAACUAUGGA